GCUCGUCCCGCCGGCAUGGCCCCCAGAUAGCGGCCCGGCCUCACCGACCGCCCGCAGGACACCCGUGAUCUCUCGUAUGUGGGAAGAACGCUGGGAGAACCAUCUGAAAAUGGGUGUUAAAACAUUCACUCAUAACUCCCCUGCCCACAGUCAGGAGAUGCUGGGGAAGCUGAACAUGCUGCGCAACGACGGGCACUUCUGCGACAUCACCAUCCGCGUGCAGGACAAGAUCUUCCGGGCGCACAAGGUGGUGCUGGCGGCCUGCAGCGACUUCUUCCGCUCCAAACUCGUGGGCCAGGCGGAGGACGAGAGCAAGAGCGUGCUGGACCUGCACCACGUGACGGUGACGGGGUUCAUCCCGCUGCUGGAAUACGCCUACACGGCGACGCUGUCCAUCAACACGGAGAACAUCAUCGACGUGCUGGCCGCGGCCAGCUACAUGCAGAUGUUCAGCGUGGCCAGCACGUGCUCCGAGUUCAUGAAGUCCAGCAUUCUGUGGAACACGCCCAACAGCCAGCAGGAGAAGGUGCUGGAUGCGGGGCAGGAGAACAGCGCAAACUGCAAUUUCACCUCCCGGGACGGCAGCCUUUCCCCCGUGUCCUCCGAGUGCAGCGUGGUGGAGAGAACCAUCCCCGUGUGCCGGGAGUCGCGCAGGAAGCGCAAAAGCUACAUCGUCAUGUCCCCCGAGAGCCCCCUCAAGUGCAACACCCAAACCAGCUCCCCCCAAGUGCUCAACCCCUCGGCUUCCUACCCCGAGUCCAGGAACCAGCCCGUGGACUCGUCCUUAGCUUUCCCCUGGACUUUCCCUUUCGGGAUCGAUCGAAGGCUUCAGUCGGAGAAGGUGAAGCAGGCGGAGAACUCGCGGACUUUGGAAAUGCCCGGGCCCUCCGAGUCCAACCGGAGGAUGGCGGAUUAUGUGACUUGUGAGAGCACCAAAGCCAGUUCUCCCCUGGUGAUCGAGGAGGACGUGCGAGUGAAGGUGGAGAGGCUGAGCGACGAGGAGGUGCACGAGGAGGUGUCACAGCCCGUGAGCGCUUCCCAGAGCUCCCUGAGCGACCAGCAGACGGUCCCGGGGAGCGAGCAGGUGCAGGAGGAUCUCCUGAUCAGCCCGCAGUCUUCAUCCAUAGGCUCCAUCGAUGAGGGGGUUACAGAGGGGUUGCCCACACUCCAGAGCACGUCUGGCACCAACGCUCACGCAGAUGAUGACGAUCGUCUGGAGAACGUUCAGUACCCCUACCAGCUCUACAUUGCUCCUUCCACCAGCAGCACAGAGAGGCCCAGCCCCAACGGUCCCGACAGACCCUUUCAGUGUCCCACCUGCGGGGUCCGCUUCACUCGCAUUCAGAACCUAAAACAACACAUGCUUAUCCACUCAGGCAUUAAACCCUUUCAGUGUGACCGCUGUGGGAAAAAGUUCACCCGCGCUUACUCGCUCAAGAUGCACCGCCUGAAGCACGAAGGUAAACGCUGUUUCCGCUGCCAGAUAUGUAGUGCCACUUUCACUUCCUUCGGGGAAUAUAAACACCACAUGCGGGUUUCCCGGCACAUUAUCCGCAAGCCUCGGAUUUACGAGUGCAAAACAUGCGGCGCCAUGUUCACCAACUCUGGAAAUUUAAUCGUUCACCUGAGGAGCUUGAACCAUGAAGCGUCAGAGCUAGCAAACUACUUCCAGAGCAGUGACUUCCUAGUACCGGACUACUUAAACCAGGAGCAAGAGGAGACCCUCGGGCAGUAUGAGCUAGGGGAGCAUGGCUUUGAGAGCAACUCUUCUGUCCAAAUGCCUGUCAUUUCACAGGUGUCGUCAACUCAGAAUUGUGAAAGCACUUUCCCCUUGGGGUCUCUGGGUGGGUUGGCAGAAAAGGAAGAAGAUGUGCCAGAGCAGCCAAAGACUAACGCCACUGCUGAGGCAGCUGCGGGUGACCCUCCCAAACCGGAGCUGUCAUCCAUCACUAUCGAAUAAUUCAUGGCUUGGUUUCACUUUUGUUCUUUGGAAAGUGCCUGUGUUUGGUCCUGUACAUUUUAAUUUAAUUUUUUUAAAAAAAAAAAGUGGGGAGGUUUUCCCCUUUUUACUUUGUAAGCUACGCUUUAAACAGGAAACUGCGACAGAUGUUUCAUUAUUUUUCAUGACUGAAUGAUCACUUCUGUGAAAAUAUUUAAGACUGAUUGCACAAAAAAAGAGAUCUUGUCAGAACAUCAUGGAAGCUGUGAUACACUUCUAAAGAAGAACAACUGAUUCAGAUCACUUUAACUAUUCCUUCUUCCACAGUUAGAGCAGCUCAUUAAGUUUCUCUUGCUUCUUGCAGACCCUCUGGUGAAGGGCAAGAAAUCAGAGGGGACCUUUUUCGAGUGACAAACAAAAAGGAUGCAUUGGAAAUCAUGAUUGAACAGUUUUGAGUGUAUGCUUUAAUCUUGUGCAUAAAAAAAAAAAAAAAAUAAUGACACUUCCUAUCUGUGCCUGCUGGUUUUCAGAGCUCUCCCCGUGCCCCUGUGCUUGGCAAUGGUGCGAGUAGUUUUGAAACUUAACAGUCACACACUUCUUCAAAACACGUUGUCCCUUCCCAUCUCAGAUUAAUCAGUUUUCACAAACCAAGUGAAUCGUGCCAGGUGUUCCUACUUUCUUCUAUUCCAGUCUUUUUAGAAACUGCUGGAUCAAAUAGCCUGUCCAGAUCUGCCCAGCCAAGGUUAGUGGAAAAGGCAUCAGGAAUUGGGGAUCGUGGAAAAGGUUGUAUCUGUGCAAACCUGACAGACAUCUCCUGACUGGAUCUGUAGAUGGGGAACCACGUAGGAAAAUGAAGGUUUUCCCAGAUUAUUUGCAGCUCUGAUCACUUCCUCUCCCAUAUACUUUGUAUUUUUACUAAUCUGAAAGCUAGCUAGAGGGAGUUUACAGAUGGCAAAAAAUAAUCUCCUUUGUGCAUUAUUGCACAUUUUUUUUUUGUUUCUACAUAUGCAUGUAUAGUUUCAGAGACUUUUAUUAGCCUGUUUUGGACAAAACAAGCAAUUUAUUCUCUUUAAGGCCAACUUUCUAACCAACAGGGGGUUGUUUACAAAAAGCCUAUAUAGCAAUGAUGAAUUGUUCCUGUUUCAAAACACUUUAAAUCCUUGCCAACUCGGUUUAUUAAAGGCCAUUACUCCAGCUACACACACAGCCCAAGCAAAGCAAUAAAUUGAAAGAUUUGCAAUUUCAUUUUUCCAUAUUUAGAAAAAGCUGAAAAAUUCCGGGUGUGGGGUUUUCGGAGCAGCGAGUCUUGUUUUGUCAAGGCUGUUUGGGCUCCAGUAACUGCUUUGAAACCUAAAUUAGGAAGUCCAUUAGGAGAUUUGGGGUUGUUUUUUUUUUUUUUUAGAGCUUCUGAAGUUCACUCAAGCCUUUUGAUGCCAGAUGCCCGUGGCCUACAGAUGACAUGCUGAGCGAGUAGGUAUUGCUUGAUCUUAGUAUUCCAGGGGCAUAAAAUACUCCCUUAGUUUCGAGUCGUGUUUUUUUGGAAAUUGUUGCUUUCUGUCCGGAUUUGUUUUAUGCAAACACGAGGAGGAAAUGAAACCAGUAGAGAAAGGUUGCUCCUGAAGAAACACAAAAGUCGUAUUAUAUUGCAGAUCAAUUUGUAUUCAGGCAGCUUAGGCAGCUCUGAUGCUCUCUGGGUCCGAGUUCUUUCUAUUAAUAGCCAACUUUUGUGAGG